GUAUACAAUCGGUACUAUAAAAGUCAUUGAAGAAAUCUGAAGGGUAAUCAGUUCAUUUGUUGAACUACUGCGAUACAUGAGAGGUAUCAUGAAGCCCUUGCUAACCCUAGCACUCUUAGUCCUUGCGGCAGUGGCUGUCACAGCUGGGUCGAAGGAGAAGAAAGCAGCAGAAGAAACCACAGACAAGAAACAAACCAAGCGAGGAUUACUCAGCUUAGGCUACGGCUACGGAGGAGACUACGACAACGGAUACCACGUUGGCCAAGGAGGAAUAGGCUUGGAAGGUGGCUACUCCCUAGGAUACGGAGCAAUCGACCUAGGCCACUCCACUAACGUCGAAAAAACCAUAACCCUAUUGAAGGGCGUACCUGUUCCUUACCCAGUCGACAGACACAUCCCUUACCCAGUCACCAAGCACGUACCUUACCCUGUCAAGGUUCUGGUACCCCAGCCUUACCCAGUCGAGAAACCAGUGCACUACCCAGUGAGAGUACCAGUCAAGGUACCAUACCCAGUACCCCAACCCUACCCAGUCGAGAAAAUAGUCCACGUACCCGUCAAAGUACAUGUCGACAGACCUUACCCAGUCAAGGUUCUAGUACCCCAGCCUUACCCGGUCGAAAAGCACAUCCCUUACCCUGUCAAAGUACCAGUCCCACAACCCUACCCCGUAGAAAAACGAGUACCUGUCCCCGUUAAAGUACCAGUUCAUAUCCCCCAGCCUUACCCAGUGUACAAGCAAGUGCCUUACCCAGUAAAGGUACCCGUAGACAGGCCUUACCCUGUUCACGUACCCCAGCCGUACCCAGUGCAUGUCGUCAAGAAAGUACCUUACCCGGUCGACAGACCAGUACCUUACCCAGUUAAAGUAGCCGUGGAUAGGCCAGUGCCUUACCCGGUGGAGAAAGCAGUACCUGUGCCUGUCAAGGUGCCUUACCCGGCUCCUUACCCGGUAGAAAAGGCAGUACCUUACCCUGUUGAAAGACCAGUACCUUACCCGGUCAAAGUGGCCGUUGACAGACCAGUGCCCUAUCCAGUGGUGAAGCCAGUACCUGUGACUGUGGAAAGGCCAGUACCUUACCCGGUUAAGGUACCAGUGGCGGUACCUGUACACGGGCAUGAUGGUGGUUAUGAUGGUGGAUAUGGGGGUGGAUAUGGGGGUGGAUAUGGGGGUGGAUAUGGGGGUGGAUAUGAAGGGGAACAUGGUGGAUACGACGGCGGAUAUGACAGUGGUUCCGAUUAUGGCCAUAAAUGAGCGAGUUUUCCUUCACACUGUGUGUGUUCUUUGAUAGCUAACAUAUCUCUUGUAAACUAUUUAUAUUUUUCCCAUGUUAUCUGUUCUCAAUAAAUUCUGUUAUAUUUUUUAUAAUUA